CCCGUCUGUGCGUAUCCAUCUACCUGGUCGUUGGUAUCCGUGCACCUGGUCGUGCGUUCCGUGCACCUGGUCGUGCGUAUCCGCGCUUACCCGGCCCCAUCCGUGUACCGGCUCCGUCACGAUCCGAUUCCCGCUCCGUUCUUUACUUACCUUUCCCCCUUUUCCCCUUUUCUUACCCCACCUCCGCCGUUUUAUAUCCCUACUAGUUUCGUUACUACUAACUUCUAUUAAAUUUACCCACUCCGCUACCUUCCUUCGACCCACUCUAUUAGAAUAUGUUAGCUAUUCGCUGUUAUCUCCGGAAUACCUGACUAAUUCCUCUAGUAAUAAAUCGAAGUAUUAAUACGACGAAUAUUGAACAUACAUUUCCCUUCGUUAUGCUGGAGAUGGACAGCUUUUCUUGUCCCUCCCUUUGGAGAUGAAUAUCGCUCGUGUACCU